UCACUUAUCGAUUUAGAUUUUCUUUCCCCUCUCCAAGAUCCGAUCCUCAAGAUUCUCUUCUCUAUGUUUAUAUCAGAUCACCAUCUCUUUCCUCUCUCUUAUUUAUGUUCACAAGAGAGAACAAUGACAGUGGGAGAUUUAUCUUCUUCUACAAUUUCUUCCCCGGAGUUGCAUGUUCUCGCCGUCGAUGACAGUUUUGUUGAUCGUAAAGUUAUAGAGAGGUUGCUUAGGAUCUCUGCUUGUAAAGUGACCACUGUUGAGAGUGGGACUAGGGCUCUUCAGUAUCUUGGCCUUGAUGGAGACGAUGCACCUUCUGCUCUUAAGGAUUUGAAGGUGAACUUGAUAGUGACAGAUUACUCUAUGCCAGGACUAACAGGAUAUGAACUACUCAAGAAGAUCAAAGAGUCAUCUGCAUUUAGAGAGAUACCAGUAGUCAUAAUGUCCUCUGAGAAUAUACAACCUCGUAUUGACCAAUGUAUGACAGAAGGAGCAGAGGAUUUCCUGCUAAAACCGGUGAAGUUAGCAGACGUGAAGCGGUUAACAGAACUUAUAAUCAGAAAUGUUGAACCUGAAGAAGAAGAUAAAUCCAAACACUCUUAUCCUAACAGAAUCCUACAAAACAACACUGAUUCAUCAUCGUCUCAUGAUGAUGUCUCCUCUCUGGAUGAUGACACUCCAUCUUCCAAGCGAAUGAAAACUAGAAUCCACGGCUCAUGAUUGAGCAGCUUGAGUAAUUUCUCCCACUCCUUUCUUUUGUUUUCUGUAAUAACACUACUAUUAAGCCAAGAUGUUGUUAUGUUUUGAUAUAUGCAAGUCUUUAGAUC